GACUAUUAUUUUAUUCGCGUAUACGUUGUCGAGUGGCUCUGAAGUAUAAGAUUGUUCUGCGGUGUGGAAAAACUUGGAAAAAUUGGAACGUUUUUCGCUGUUUUCCAGCGGCACUGUUUGAGAACUGGUUUCGAUUAGUUUGUGUGUGACAGCAUCUAGCUUAAAUUUGAGAAUUUUUCGUCUAAAUCCAAGAAAAGCAAAUCAAACAGGGAGGAAGUUCGAUACGCAGAAGGCAGAAAUUUCUUGGCUUUUUUGCGGUGGCGGACGCUCUCUUUGUCGCUUGAAGUGUUAGUUGAAUGUGGAAAGGUUUUGCCUUUCGAUAAUAAUUAUUGUUGGUCGUUUUUCGGUUGAAAGUACGGAAAAAGUGCGAAAAAGUACGAAUUUCGAGUGUACAGCCUUUGUGGCUUCCAUUUGCGUCGAGAACGGACUCGGGACGGAGCGGUAGAGUGCGGACCCACGGACAGGAAGUGAGAACAGGGAAAUUUUUUCGUUUCUCGAGUUUGUCGUCAGCAGCACCAGUGUCGGGGCAGUGCGGCUAAGUGCUGAGGGGAAAAAUAGCAAGAAGAGUGUUACGUAGAAAAAGUUGUCCAUACCAAGCCGUCGAGAGGUGCAGCCUGAAUCCCAAAACGGAAAGAAUCGGUUCGAUAAAGUAACGUCGAUUUGAAUUAUACGAGAGUACCGAAUCGGGAGAAGAAAUUUCAACUUGGUUGGAUUUUGUGUCUCGUUUGUGUUGUGUUUACAAACUGUGCUGUUAAAAAACAGAAAAUCCUUCGGAAGAUUUUGUCGAUUGUAUUGGGACAGAAACUUUUUUCUUAUUGUUGAUACCCAGUAACCGGAAGAAAAUUGAAUACACCAAUGUCAACCGUGUCAGAUCAGCGGAUGAAAGGACAAGGAAAUCACGGAAAUGAUUACAAUAAUUCAUGGGGAUCACAACAAAUGAACCACGGUCAUGCUGGUGCUGGUGCCGGAGGACAUUCGCAGAGAAAACCGUACGAUGAUUACUACCACCGGAAUCAGGGAGUCUACCAGGGUCACGAUGGAAUUAAGAAUGUUGAGCAAGGAAUGCAGGGACUCGGCCUCGGCUCGAUGCACCACGACAGAGACGCAAACCAUCAUCAUGCCAGCGGCAAUUCACUAUCCAAAUCUGAUCAACAUCACCAGCAGCAAAAGGAAGCUCCCAAAAAGAUGACCUGGGCUUCGAUUGCGUCGCAACCGCCUAAACCGCAAGUGAACACCACUAGUACGACGGUGAAGAAGAAGGGCCCUGGAAUGCCCCCACCACCGAUGGUUCCUGGUAAACACAACAUGGAUAUAGGCACUUGGGAUUCGCCUUCGAAGAAUGGAUCGGGCACCAUAGUUCCGACGCCAACACCGCCGGCUAUCGUUCCACCACCCGUGGUGGAGCCAUCUCCACUGGCCGAGCAACCAGCUGGGAAGGGAUCGAAUAGUGCGGCUGCUAUGAUGGGUGGUGGCCAGGUCGGUGGAAGCGGCGGUCACCAUCAGCAUCACCAGCAGCAAGUUCAGUAUGGACACCAGCAAAAUAUGGCACCGCCUGCGGGAGCGCAUAAUUCCCGUUGGCCUACCCCUGGUCAGGCCCAGAAUUCACUGCCCCAGCAGCCCACACCACAGCAAUCGAAUCAAGCUGCUGGUGGAAGCGGAGGAGGCAUGAUGCCGCAGCAGCAGCAUCAUCCCCAGCGAUCCGAUCAUCGCCAAUAUCAAUCGACUGGCGGGCCACAUCAAAACAAUAGCCGAAACUUUUCCGGACCGCCACCAUCGGUGAAUCAGGGAGGAAGCGGUGGACAAGGAUAUCACCAGCCUCCUCCGUUCCAUCAUCAACCGCCUUCAAUGCAACAUCAGUCGCAUUCUCGACAAAAUCAGAAUCAUCACGGUCCGCCUCCAACGGUGCAUCAUCAUCAACAACAACCGCAACAGCAGCCACACGGUGAACGAGGAAGCUACCAGCAACCUCCUCCCCAGCAUCAGCGUCAUCCUCAGGACGAUCGAAGGGGAUUAGUGAACAAUGGGCCCAAUAAUUAUCAUGAUAAUUCAGCGUCUCAACAACAACAACAACAGCAGCAGCAGCAGCAGCAGCCAUCUGCCUUGCAGCAACCGCAACCAACGGUUCAACAACAGCAGCAGCAGCAACAGCAGCCGCAACAACAACAACAAUCCCAGCUCCAGCAACCGCCACCGGUUGCAUCACCGCACUCUCCUACGCCAGCCAGCGGUGCAGCGGACCCGAGUGGUGCCGCAGUUCCGGCCCCGAUACCGAACGCAUUGCAGAACAAAAACAACUACAAUCCGCCCACACUCGAUAUGCUGGACACUGCGCACCUAGCUAGAUUCUUCGUAAUUAAAUCCUACUCGGAGGAUGACAUCCACCGAAGCAUCAAGUACGAAAUCUGGUGCUCAACCGAGCAUGGCAAUCAGCGGCUGGAUCAGGCGUACCGCGAGCGCGAGGAGAAAGGUGGCAUGGUGUAUCUGUUCUUCUCGGUUAACGGUUCCGGUCACUUUUGCGGAAUCGCGCAAAUGAUGACGGCAGUGGAUUACAAUUCGAAUUCGAGCGUUUGGUCGCAGGACAAAUGGAAGGGCACCUUCAAGGUGCGCUGGAUCUACGUAAAGGAUGUACCGAAUGGACAGCUGCGACACGUCCGAUUGGAGAACAAUGAAAACAAACCGAUCACGAACUCACGAGACACGCAGGAGGUGCCGAAUGCGAAGGGGCUGCAAGCGCUGAAAAUUAUUCACAACUACAAACAUACGAUGUCGAUAUUCGACGAUUUUAUCCACUACGAGAAACGGCAGCUAGAGGAGGACACCAAGAAGCAUGACGUGCCUGCUCAGGGUGGUCAACAGUAUCGAUCGCAGCAGUACGGUGGUAGUUACGACAGUGGCCCCGGCAAGUAUAACAGCUACAACAAGUAUAACGAUCGAGAUGGCAACGGUGAUGGUUACAAUUCUCGCGGAGGAUACGACAGUCGCGGUUAUCAAGGGGGGUACAGCAAGGGUUAUGGUGGGUAUAACAACCGUGGCCCGUACAACCAGGAUGGUGGUAGGGGAGGCUAUCAAAGCUAUGACAGACGCAACAAUAAUAGCAACAAUAGCGGUAACGGUAGCAAUAGCGGUGACGAUCGGGAGGGCAGUAAUUAUCCUGAGCGCUCGCGGGACGAUGGCGGUAACGGCGGUUAUCACCAGCGUAGCGGCGGCAGCGGUGGCGGCUAUGGUCGCCCCAAUCGGGAUUAUUACGGACGGGAUGACAACCGUGGCCGCACCGAUUACCGUGGCGACGGAGGCGCCGAUGGUGGUUACAGGUCGUCACGCUCCGGAGGAGGCGGUGGCGCCGAUCGUGGUGGUUCGGACGCCGAAGGCGACAACAAUGGUGGUGGCUAUCGAGGCGGUUCGAGAGACCACUAUCGGCCCCGUAAUGACCUCGGCAGUCGCGGAUCGCGGGUCGCUCCUCCGAAUGCCCGCAGCACAGCUGCCAGCGCCAAUCCGUCAGUAAACGCAGUAUCAUCCGCGGGCUCCUAUCGCAACAGUAACAGCAGCGCUGGAGGAGGCGGUGGCGGCGGCAGCGGUGGUAGCGCUGGCGAUAGCGGCGAAGGUCAGCAGAAUUGAAGCACCGCUGUGCGUGGCAAAAUAUAAUGUCUUUUAAAGGUUUGAUCAAAUUCUAGCACUAAAUUUACCGCUACAUACAUACACACACGCCGAAUGCGGGAACAAGACAGCAGAAAUACAAAUUAUGCGUAUAAGGUAGAUCACCGAGAAAAAAAUGAAUGUUGACACUCGAGGUUUGAUUGAAAGAAGAAAAUCAAUGGUAAAUUUAAUAUAUCCAUUCAUAAAAUAUUUAAUAAACGUUAAGGAAGGAAUGAUCUUAAAGAUACUAAGGUUGGAUCGUUAUAGUCGAAGCCAGCAGGAAAAGAAAAAAAAAAGAUUAUGACUUGUUAAAAUAUAGUAGUACAGAUCGUAUAUAUCUAAGCAAAAGGUAAUCAAAGAAAUUACUAAACUCGACGUUCUUACGAUUUAUUUUUAUCACAGCUAAAUAUUACGAGAAUGUUAACAAACAAUAUUCCUAAAACGCUUUGAUUUGCUACACUUUCUGAGGAGAUAAAUAAUUAGAAAGGAAUCAAUUGACAAAAGUGCUGCCGUUAGUUAAAAAAAGACCAUGCAAGAAACUUAAUACAAGAACAAUGCACAGUUUUAAAAUUUUUCGAUUUAUUAAACUACGAAGAGAUGAUGUUUUUUUUUGUGGUGGAGUGGGGAAGCACUUAAACCGAUACCAUUUAAGCAAUGCCAGGUGUCACCCACCCUCCGAGGAUGUGUGAGCUGCUGCUACCAGAAUGGAUGAUGGCGGGAGAAUCGAGGACCGGAAAUCAAAACUCGCUCGCUUGUCCCCUGCUGGACGGUGGUGACUGGUGACGAGCAGAUAGAGUCAUCGCCCCCAGCGCGCGCGUGCGAGCCAACUGAAGUGAGUGUGUGCUUUCGAAGUGAAUUUUUGAUACUCUCUCAAAGACUGCUGCUAAACUGGACAGAACAAUUGAAAAAAAGUAAGAAACAUAGAAGCAAAACAAGUGCUGCAACAUAUGUGUGUGUAUAUUUUCGAAGAUACUGAAUAUCAAAGAACCAAAAAAUAGCCACUGCAACGUCGACUGAAAAAGUACUACCCUUUUUAAUAAAGACACGAACAAAUUGCCAAGUAUUAAGUAGUUCAAACAAGUUCAGUUUUAAAAGUCCAAGUAUUGUUUCCUGUUGAUUUUUGUAUUUUAGUGUUGUUUAAUUAGCUAAAAACGAAGCAAAAUGGAAAGUAUUUUCCAACCACACAUCGUUCAACGAGACUCAUCAUCAUUUGCUGAUCUCGAGCCAUGCAGCCGACCGUAAUAAAAAGCCCAUAUCGUCGUAUGGUUUAUUUUUCACUAAAGGAAAACUAACAGAGGAAGCCGUUUCCUGUCCUCGUAACAUGGUGAGUAACACACAGGAAAUAAUGGACCGUUUCAAUCAUUGUUAAAACUCAUAACACGAACACUUUUAUAAGUGGAAACCUAUUUGUGAUACAACAACACAUCGUCGUUGGUACUAAUGUGCGAAAAACAAGUGUGAGAAAUCCGUCGAAAGUGCGCGCAACCGAAAUCGAAAAUUCUAAGUGCAACAACAACUGAAGAACAUUACUCCCCAACGGUGCAAUAAAAUGCCCCAUCAUCCGCGGUUCUGCCGAAGAUAACUACAGCCGAAUCACAAAGCCAACAAAGAAAGAACGAGUUCAAUGGCUCAAUACAAUGGAGACACGGUGUUUGUUGAUUGAUUUAUUAGUUUUUUGCAGAGUCGAAAGAACUAAAAAAAUUGUGCUGACUUUACUCAAGCUAGUUCACUAAUAAACGAAAUACACUUAAAAAACUUAAAUCUAGAUGGACAUUUAGAACAAAAAAAAAAUCACUGUUUACACUCAUCGGAUCAAAUGUGUUUUACGAAUAGAAGCUGCUAGGAAAAGAAAGUUCAACAGUCAAUAAAGUAAAAUCUUGAUUUUUUGGUAAACUAUUAAAGUUAAGCUUUACUUGAUAAUUGAAAGUUAGACGAGAAAAAAUAAACAAAAAAUAAUCGAAAUCAUAAGUUCAAAGUAGCAAACCACUGUGGGAAAUUGUAGCGAAGGGUUUGCAUGAAAUUGGAUCAUUCUAAGUGUUGAUCAUCAUUCAUGAACUAACGAAGUUUACCAGUAAUGUGGACGCAAACAAAACUUUUAUUUUGAAUUUGCUUAGCAGACAAUAAACAAAACUGUUUCUGCAAAUUCUCACUAACCCGGAUUAGAGAACUUUACGUUCACAACAGUGUCGCACCUUGCAAAACAUUAUUCAAUUCGUAAAUCUCCUUUUUACUACCGAAUAUUAUUAAAGAACAAAAAAAUCUAACAUUUAAACUUAUUUAUGGAUAACUCCAAUGCUAUGAUGGCAAACUAUCGUUAGCAGUUAAUCAAUUGACACAAGCAAAAUGAAAGUCUGUCUAACAGGAAAAAAAUUGAGAAUGAUUUAAGCAAACUAAGUAACAUUUAAGGAAGUAAAAAAAACACUUAUAUUCAAAAAAAAAAACAAGAUACAAAGAUUCUAAUUGAAUUGAAAAUGAAUCAUGCCGAUAAAAAAAAAGAAUGAAAACACCUAAACAAUACAAAUGAUGAUAUAGGAGGAUUUAGUGAAUGAAAUCAAUUAAUUUAUAAAAGGUAUAAUUGCAUAAGAAAUGAUUAAAAACUAUGAAUUAAGAAUUGAAAGAAAAAAAAUAAAGAUACCCGAUAUAUAAGUGGACAACCGAUCGACGGUGAUGCAAGAGUAUGUAUAACGAUGACAAGCGAGACCAGGCAAAGCUGAAAAACAAGAAUAAGAAAAACUGUCUGAUGAGACAAAAUAUAUACAAUUAAUAACAGCAAUUAAAAUCGAUCAAUACCCGAGCGGAAAUCAGCAAGAAUGCGAAAAAAGAAAGAGAAACAGUAAAACACAGAGAAGCCAAUCAUAAACAACAAACAAACAAAAUGAUGAACAUUAAGAAAUGUACAUAGAAGUAAGAGAUACAAAUAAAAUGCAAAAUCCAAUGAAAAAAAAAGUAAUAAA